UAGUAGGAGUGGCUGAAGUGAGGAGCUGGCAGUUUGCUUUGCAUGAAUCGCGGACUCGAAGUUGGUGGCUGCACCUCCGAUAUUUCCUGUGAGCCGCACAAACAGAGCCGUGCCGAGGCGAGGGCGGAGGAGGCGAGGAGAGGGAUGGCAGAGAACAGCUCCGAGACAAGCGGCUCCGUUCACCGGAGAUGUUUGGGCCAUUCUUCGGCGGAACGAAACGUUUCAGCUGGGGUCGGGGCUUCAAAAUGGAUUCGACUAAAUGUCGGGGGAACCUAUUUUUUAACUACGAGACAGACGCUGUGUCGAGACCCAAAAUCAUUUCUGUACAGACUGAGCCAAGCUGACCCCGAGCUCGACUCUGACAAGGAUGAAACUGGUGCCUAUCUCAUAGACAGAGACCCAACGUACUUCGGGCCAGUGCUUAACUACUUAAGGCAUGGCAAACUGGUGCUCAACAGGGACUUGGCAGAGGAAGGAGUGUUAGAAGAAGCCGAAUUCUACAACAUCACAUCAUUAAUAAAGCUCAUCAAGGACAAGAUCAGGGAACGCGAUUGCAAAACAUCACAGGUUCCAGUAAAGCAUGUUUACCGGGUGCUGCAGUGCCAGGAGGAGGAGCUCACUCAAAUGGUGUCCACCAUGUCUGACGGCUGGAAGUUUGAACAGCUUGUCAGUAUAGGUUACGGGCGGGCCCACCAGUCAGAGUUUCUGCUGAUUGUGUCAAGGGAGGUGAAGGGAGAGGAGUCUGCUUUGCCAAACAACAGCGGAGAGCUCGUCAGCAUCGGCUCAUCCUACAACUACGGAAACGAAGACCAAGCUGAGUUCCUGUGUGUAGUCUCCAAGGAGUUGCACAAUCAAUCAUACGGGACAAACAGUGAGCCCAGUGAGAAGGCUAAGAGCGAGGACGAAGAGACGGAUUAUGAAAUGAAUGACUCUGAUUAGGGUUGAGCACUUAUGACUCACUGAUUCUUCAGGAAAGGGGUUCCCGGAUGUGAAAAGGACUCAGUAUUAUGAGCUCCAGGUGUUAUGAUGCAAACAUAUCAUCUAUGUGGAAGAACGUGUGGCACAAUGGAGAUUUAAAGUGGGGUGUGCAUUUAUUUUGUUUUCCCUCCACUUUUUUUUUUUUUUAAGUUUUUUGAUGUAAAUAAGUCUGUUUACUGACAAUUUGUGCCUGUACAUUUAAACUGGACCUUUUUAUUAAAUUAGCGGCAAGUUUUUUUUUUUCUAACUGAAAGUAAAGAAUUGUAAUCUACAAAUGUUUUAUGCUAUAACAAAUGGCCGCCAUCAUAUAAGGCCAAUGAUUCACUCAGGGUCAUCUGUUGAGUUAAUUCUUAUAUCCUCCAACUCAAGGGUCUGGUAAGGGAUCAGUGUGGUCUUUAUAACUCCGAGUAUCAAACACAAAAAUCAUUGUUUCAGACAUUUUAAAGAAGGGAAUUGUUGUAUUUGCUCAACGCCUGUGAGUCAGGCUAUUAAACAUAAAAUUGAGCCCAAAAGCAAACUGGUUAAAAAUGGUUACCCAAAGACUUCAGUUUUACUGAGAUUUGUGAUCAUGAGGACCUCAAAUGCACUUUUUUUGUUGUUGUUGUUUUGUUUUGCUUUUAAAUUUCAGAUGUAUUUUAGGAUUAUAACUUUUUUAGUUUAAAAAAACGAGGAAUGAUCACCUUAGAGUACAAGAAAUCUUGACUGUAGAUAAAGGGGCAUUAGGUAAUCAGAGGUAGGAAAUGACCUAUAAUAAACAGAAAUAUCUGCCCAAUAUGGCAAUGUUGCAAAGCAAUAUACUUUUUUAAAAUAUAUACUUCAGGUAAAAGUAUACUACUAGUGUACUGUAGCUUCCAUGUUUA